UUCCUCUGCCCCGGCUCCCCUCACCAACUUUCAUGCCUCCACCCAACCCAUUCUACCUGAAGUAGGCUCACCUAACUCGAGCUCCCGUCUCCCGGAAUUUAGUUCAGGCCCCUGAUGGCGCAGCAGCAGGCGAACUCCGACGAGGUGGUGCUCGGGCAGGAGAUCGGCGGCGCGAGGGUGGCGACGCUCAACCGGCCGCGCCAGCUGAACGUCAUCUCCGAUAGAGUGGUGUAUCUCCUUGCCCAGUUCUUGGAGAACUGGGAGAACGAUGAUAAUGCCAAGUUGGUCAUCUUCAAGGGGGCUGGACGUGCAUUUUCCGCUGGUGGGGACCUAAAGAUGUUCUACGAAGGAAAAUCAGAUGACUCCUGCCUCGAGGUUGUGUACAGGAUGUAUUGGCUUUGCUACCACAUCCACACGUAUAAGAGACCCGCGGUGGCUCUUGUUAAUGGACUUGUCAUGGGUGGAGGUGCAGCCAUGGUUGCUCCUCUGAAGUUUGCAGUUGUCACCGAGAAAACAGUCUUUGCAACCCCUGAGGCGAGUGUUGGAUUACACACAGACUGCAGCUUUUCUUAUAUCCAUUCUAGACUUCCCGGAUAUUUAGGGGAGUACCUGGCUUUGACCGGUGCUAGGUUGAAUGCAAAGGAGAUGAUUUCUGCUGGUUUUGCUACUCAUUUUGUUCCAUCCGAGAAAAUGGAAGAUCUUGAAAAAUGUUUGCUGAAUCUAGACACAGGAGAUGAGUCUGCAAUACAAGCUGCCAUUGAAGAUUUCUCAACAGAUGUUCAACCUGAUGAAGACAGUAUUUUAAACAAGCUCCCGACUAUCAACAAAUGUUUCUCCGCUGAGACUGUCGAAGACAUCAUAAAAUCCUUAGAAUCAGAAGGGAGUAUUGAUGGGAACCAAUGGAUAGCUCCGGUACUGAAGGGUAUGCGGAGAUCAUCUCCUACUUCACUGAAGAUGACUCUGCGAUCGAUCAGAGAAGGUCGGAAGCAGAGUCUGCCGGAAUGUCUGAAGAAGGAAUUCCGACUUACAAUGAACACUCUCCGAUCUGUAGUUACUGGUGAUGUUUAUGAGGGCAUUAGAGCUCUUAGCAUCGACAAAGACAAUGCCCCUAAGUGGAGUCCUGCCACACUUGAGGAGGUCAAGAACGAGGACAUCGACCGUCUUUUCGAACCAUUCAGUUCAGAAAAGGAGCUCCAAGUCCCAUCUGACGAUUCCAACAGAUGGAGCGGCAAAUUUGAGAACACAGUCCAUACCAGAGCUUCACAGUAAUUGGCAGCAAAAAUCGAUGUUCAUUCUCAACCCGACAUAAGAGGUUUCACAGUUUCAGUGUGACAGCAUGUUUGGAUACCCGUGCCCCAUGUAUUCUCAAUUUCUCGUAGUUCCCUUUAUAACAUUGCAACCAAACAUUCGAAUAUUACAUAA